AGAAUAAAAUUUCUCUUCCUUUCGGUGAGUGCCGGUUUGGCAUUUUCUUCUACUUUUCAAUUCUCUCCCUCUUCUUUUUUCUUUUCUCUGAAAACCCUAAUCGCCAUGGGAGAAUCUACAGGUUCUUGUCGGAUUUCCGUUCAUGAAGCCCUCGGUGGUGGCGCUGUUGCUGAUUUGCUGCUGUGGAAGAAAUGGUAUGGAGGAGUUGUAGUUCUAAUCUCUGCAACGACGUUUUGGUUCCUAUUUGAGCGAGCCGGUUACAACUUGUUAUCUUUUGUGGCCAAUGUUCUAUUGCUUCUUGUGAUCAUCCUCUUUUUCUGGGCUAAAUCCGCAUCCCUUCUUAAUAGACCUUUGCCUCCCCUUCCUAAUCUGGAAAUCUCUGAGGACUCUGUUGUGAGGGUUGCUGAUGGACUGCGAGUUUUGAUUAAUCGAGCAUUGUUUGUUGCACGAGACAUUGCUGUCGGCAAGAAUUUAAAACUCUUUCUUCAGGUUGCUUUUGGCUUGUGGGUGGCAUCUUAUAUCGGAAGUCUCUUCAAUUUCCUCACCCUUGUCUAUAUUGGGUUUCUUCUUGGUCUUUCAGUUCCAGUGUUGUAUGAUAAGUACCAGGAUCGUAUCGAUGACAAGCUUAGUAUAGCACAUAGGAUAUUACAGACACAGUACCGGAAAAUAGAUGAAAGUAUUCUAAGGAAGAUCCCAUUGGCAUCAAAUAAGGAAAAGAAGAUGCAAUAGAUAGACCAUGUUUUCAAAGUGUGUAGGAGAUGAGAAAGAAUUGCUUUUGACGCAUGAUCAGUUCAUAUGUUUGGCACAGGCACCGUUUAGCAAUGAACUUGGCAAAUUGUGAUUAGAGCCUUAGAGACGGGUUUCAUCAUAUGAUAUUUUUCAUUCUCUUUACGGGGGUGCUGUCCUGUGCGUAUUAAACAGCCAGACAGCAUGUUGAUCCAUCAUGGUUGACCACGUUUGGUGUCAAUUUUUCCUUGGACCCGUAUGAUUACAGAUUUUUGUGGCGUGGCGAUUGAAUAGGUGUUAUUCUUUUUCGUUUCUACUGGAUGACAAAACCCUAACAGGGAAGUUACUUGCUCUAUGAUUUCUGUUAUAGUCAGUUGUAGUUCUCAUUUUGGACUAGUUAAAAAUUUGAAUAUCUCAUCAUUAUUGGGUUUGCGUAAA